ACGCGUUGACAAAAAAGGAAGGCGUUUUGAGAAACACCAAUCAAUCAACAAACUCAAGUAGAAAAAAGUUUGUUAAUUUUGAUGAAAUCUGAACAAAAAUGGCUUUUAGAAGAAGACAAGAACAAGGCUUAUCCGAUGAAGAUGAUGUUGACAGCAGCUCAAGUUCCAAUUUUUUAGCUGCAAAAGCCAUCAGAGCUUCUUCUGCUAAUAGGGAUUCUUCUCUUUCCUCUGCUUACUCUUCUCCUCUUUCUAAACCUAGCCCCUCUUCUUUUCCAUCUCAAUCAAAGGAUCCCGGCUCUUAUAACUACACAUCAAUGAAGAAUUUAAACGAAUCCAAACCUGGGUUUUGGGGCAAUCUCGCAAGAAAAGCUAAAGCAAUCUUGGAUGAUCAACCGCCGCAGGACUUGCCUGCCACUGAGACAACUCCCAAGUACCACAAAGCAUAUUACUCAGCAGAGACGCAUAGAAAACCGGAGUCUCCUGGAUUACAGAAGGGACUUGAUGCACUUACUUCUUCUUUAAAUUAUAUUGGAAAUGCUGUUGAGGAGGGCAUUUCAAUUGUGGAGAACCGAACUGCCGGCAUCAUUCAAGAAACUCGUAAGCAUAUUAAGAAAAAGCCUGGCAAUUAUAUGGCGCAGAAACAGGCAACUAAACAACCGCAUGUACAGACCCAAGCCCAAACUAUGAUGCCAACUGAUCAAGAACUUCAAUUGAAGGCAUCUCGCGACGUUGCUAUGGCAAUGGCUGCCAAGGCAAAGCUUCUUCUUCGGGAGUUGAAAACUGUCAAAGCAGAUCUGGCUUUUGCUAAAGAGCGAUGUGCUCAGCUGGAGGAACAAAAUAAAAUUCUUCGGGAGAGUCGUGAAAGGGGAGAGAGUUCAGAAGAUGAUGAUUUGAUACGGCUUCAACUUGAAACACUUUUGGCUGAGAAGGCUCGAUUGGCACAUGAGAACUCAGUCUAUGCGCGUGAGAAUCGCUUCCUGAGGGAGGUUGUCGAGUAUCACCAGCUUACCAUGCAGGAUGUUGUAUACUUGGAUGAGGGCACUGAAGAAGUCACUGAAGUUUACCCCAUUAAGGUUGUAUCAAAUACACAUGCUGCCCCUGCUACACCUCUGUUUCCACCCUCUCCGGUGCCGCCUGAGGGCUCCAUUAAUACAAGCCUGCCAGCGAGUCGGGAUGUUUUGCCUUGCCCUCCAUUAUCAGAGCAAAGAGCUGCUGCACCAAGCUCUUUCUCCCCUCAAUGAUAGCUAAUGAUGUAGGAAGUCACUCUGUUUGAGUGGUAUUUAUCUUGUACUGCUCUAUUUUGAAAUUUCAAAGAGUUUGAAAUUACUACUACCUUUUAUAUUCCUGUACUUUAAUUUUAGUUUUAAUUCUUUUAGAGGUCAAUGUUCCCCUUGUUGGGUGAUAUUGGUAUAUCUUUGAUUAUGUGUAAAAGGCCUUUGUUUCAAAGCUUAUUUUUUUACUUCAAAGUUUAAAACAUGAUCUCUCUUGCAAAGCCCUUUUGAUU